GUUGGAGUCGCGUCAUGCGCGGCCCUGAUGCAUCCAGCGAUGAUAAUGGUGCACGGUCAGCGGCCGCUUGCCGAGCUCCCCGGGCCUCCUCGAAGGAGGGGGCAGCUGCAUGCGCAUCGUGUGGAUGCGCCCUUGGUGGCGGCCGUGUCAGCGGGACAAGCCGACGCCGCAGCCCAGCUGCUCGCGGCAGGAGAAAACCCCAACGAUCCUGAUGAGAAAGGACAGACGGCACUCGUUGCUGCCACACUGCAUGGCGACCGCGAUUUAGUGGAAGCCCUGUUGCAGGCGAAGGCAUCGGUGGAUCUGGCCAACGCGAAUGGUGUGACAGCGCCAAUGGUCGCUGCGCACUUGGGCAAGGAAGGCAUCCUAUCACUGCUGAUCGAUGCCAGCUGCAACCUGGAGGCAGAGAACGCGGCGGGUGCCACUGCGCUGGUGGCGGCCGCCGAGGGCGGCCAGCUCGAGUCGGCGAGUCGGCUACUGGAGGCCAAAGCUGACGUGAACCACGUCGGUGCGAUGGGAUCGACACCUCUGUUUGCGGCAGUGCAGGACGGACACCACGAGGUGGUGCGCUGUCUGCUGGAGGCUGGGGCGGAUGCAGAUCACGUCCUCGUGAAUGGCGCCUCCUGUCUCAUGCUUGCUGCUCAACUCGGUGACAUGGAGUCUGUCUUGGCCUUGCUGCAAGCUGGUGCCGAGGUGGACAAGAGAGAUAGGGAUGGCUCUACAGCUCUGAUUCUUGCUUCUCAAGAAGGGCACGAGGCAUUGGUUCCUCUUUUGCUGGAUGCUGGGGCCUCUGUGGACUUGGCACGGCAGGGCUCCAGCGCCCUGAUGGUCGCCGCGCAAGCGGGACAUGGAACGACAGUCGCCGCACUGCUC